UUGUAUCAGGAAUGACAUCCUAGUUUUCUCUUUGAAUCAGUGGAUACUUUGUUUUUCAGUUAGUUCAGUUUUGGUCUUUUAGAUUAGGAUUUCAUUUAUAAUCUUUGAGUGUUUUGGCUAUGGAACUGAUUAGUACAUUACAAAUCAUUUUUCGUCCAUGAUCGACUGGAUAUGGGAAUGGUAUUGAGUUUAUAAGGAUAUUAGGCUGAGCUUUUGAGAUUGAACUUCAAAUUAAAAAGUGGUAUAAGAGAUAUGAAUUAGCUCAGUGGAUCCAGAACAUGACUCGAGAGAUGUAUACGGAUGAUCUGAACAAAGGCGUGGAACGAUUAAUAGCAAUGUCUGGGAAGAUCCGUAAUUCGUUCUCAAGGCAGUUGUGUCCAUGUAAGGCAGUAUCCCUAUAUGCAGUGAAAAAGUAGGGCGUUGAUAUAGCUUUCGAUCUUCCGUGGUUUGAGAACGAUGAACGGAUGGAUAGACUAACGCUUGAGGGGGGCCGAAAUGACAGGGCACUUCAUCUGAGGGGAUUUGUUGGAAAAAGGGCGAAUAGGAGUUCCUCGUGGACUAGAUAUGGGGAUAGGCUUGAGUUUAUAAGAAAAUUAGGAUAUUUUUCCUAGUAUGUUAAUUUCUUGAGAUGGAAUCCCAAACCUAAAAUUAUUAAGUGGAGUUGCUGCGUUAAUUAAGAAAUCUGCGGAAAUGGAAGCACUGAGAUGGACGCAUAUUUUAAAAUUAGAACUAUAUUUUGAAAUUUUCUUCUACUUGAGCAACUUGUUGAAUUCUGGAAGUAGAAGGCCCAAUUCUCCCAUCUUUCCAAACUAUUACUGCAGUUCCUGACGGAUUAAAAGCAUGGGAGGUGCUAAAAGAAAGAUCCUGUAACGUUGACCUCAUUUUGACAGAAGUCGAACUACCAUCAAUCUCUGGAUAUGCUCUUCUUACAUUAAUCAUGGAGAACGACAUCUGCAAAAACAUCCCCGUGAUAAUGAUGUCGUCGCAUGAUUCUGUUAGUACAGUCUAUAAAUGCAUGUUGAAAGGUGCUGUAGACUUUCUUGUGAAGCCUCUCAGGAAAAAUGAGCUGAAAAACUUGUGGCAGCAUGUUUGGAGGAGACGAGCCUCAAGUAGCAGCGGUAUUGGACUUCCUGAUGAGAGCGUUGAGCAACGAAAAACAGAAGCCACCGCGGAGAAUAAUGCUGUCAGUAAUCAUUCAAGUGGUUCAAUGGCAAGCAUUCAGAGGAAUAGGGAAUGCAUCGAGAAGGGAAGUGAUGCUCAGAGCUCAUCUACAAAGCCAGAGCUUGAGACCGAAGGAGCAGACAUUGAACAUCUGCAAGGACUCACACAGCCGAAAAGGAUUAAAUGUCUUUCAAAUGAUAUAAACGUACCAGCAGAGGAAGAAUAUUAUCAAGAGAAUAAGAAUUUGCAGACGAUUGAUACUCGUGCUAGAGGAUCACAGGCCGCUGCGAGCAUGGAUGCCAAUGCGGUAACUCAAGGAGAAGAUGAAAUUUAUGAAGAUCACCUGGAACAUGUUCAUGUCAUUAAUGAAGCUUCUGAGAAUAAUCGUGUUCCGGUGAAUUCUUGUAGCACCAUUGACUUAAUCGGAGCUUUUGAUAAUUAUCUCAAAGGCACUUUUAGAGGUUCGGCUUCAAAUGGUAGCACAAGCAAGAUCGAUCUCCUGCCGCUGUUGGAUCUUUCCUUGAGAAGAUACCAUCCCAAUGGCUCUGUGAAUCAUGCGAAUGAUGACAGGCCCAUUUUAAACCACUCGGAUGCAUCUGCCUUUUCUCGGUAUGUCAACAAGCCAUUGCAGUCCAAUCAUUCAACAUCAGCUAGCACUUGUAAUCCACAGAAAGACAAAACCAAUUCUGAUAAACAGUCAUCCUGUCACAACCACGAUUGUAACUCUGAUACACACGGUCCAAACCUGAGCCCUCAAAAAGACGUCACUCUAGCAACGUGUCAACCUGGAGUGGCCGAAAUUAUGUUUCCUUAUCGUCAGCAGACAGUAUUGUUCCAACCAACCCCGAUUAGAGGUGCAAUGAUCGAAACUAUAAGCAACGGAUACGGUUCUGGAAUGCCUUCAGUAUAUUGUAUACAAUCUGGCCCCUCCCUACAGCAGAGUCGAGGUACUGUGGGGGCUCUCGAAUCUUCACCUCCACUGAAUCCAUGCUGUCAAUUAAAUCAUCAAACUGGGAGUCCUCUGCAUUUCCAGAAAAUGGAUAGAAGGAUCAAUGAUGCCACCAAUCAGAUCCACAACAAUCCGGGGCCUACAUUGGAGGAUCAGGGGCACAUGUCUUCAGCCACAGAUCGGAGUGCAAAUAGCAGUUUCUGUAAUGGGCUGAGUCAUCUUCACAGCAUGGAUUCAGGAGGCAAAAUCAAUGUAAUUUCAGCUGUCAAGGCCACUUCAGAAUGUGGCAAUGAAGGGUUCAUCGUGCAUGAGGGAAGCUCUUAUCGAUCUGUGCAAAGAGAAGCGGCUCUAACAAAAUUCCGUUUGAAAAGGAAAGACAGAUGCUUUGAGAAGAAGGUGCGAUAUGAGAGCAGGAAAAAGCUUGCUGAGCAGCGUCCACGGGUGAAAGGACAGUUUGUUCGACAGCUAUCCAAUUAUCCUCAGCCAAGUGACUCAUCUACUGGUUAGCAAUUAUAAAUAGGUCGUAUCUUAAAGGAAAAUAUCAAACAAGUUUCGGUGUUAAGCAAUGGGACCGAUCACUUCUCAUUUUGUUGGCUUCCAAUCUUGACCUUUCAAGAACAAACCGGGAAACAAAGGUACGAGGAAGUCUAAUGAAUCUAAUGCCAGUUCCUUGCUUAUCACGUUGUGUGACUAAUCACCUUGUAAUUUGUGUAUUAUAUUUUGGUUUUGGGAUUUUUUAUGUUUUUUGGGAGGCAUCAAUUCCCUUUUUGUUCUAUCCAUGUACUUAGUUACUGCUACUAGUCAUUUGUUGUGGAGUGAUACUAUUAUGUGAUAGUGACAAUAUACUAGUAAGUUUAUUGCAUUUUGUUUCGCGUUUUCUU